AUGCAGACUGCUUCUACAGACAAUUGUGAAAGAAUGGAUUGCUCUCAAGAGCUCAGUGAAUUCAAGUGUGGUACUGUGAUAGGUUGCCACCUGUGCAAUAAGUCCAUCCGUGACAUUUCCUUGCUACUAAAUAUUCCACGCUCAACUGUUAGUGGUAUUAUAACAAAGUGGAAGCAACUGGGAACAACAGCAACUCAGCCAAUGACAGAGUGGGGUCAGCGCAUGCUGAAGCGCACAGUGCACAAAAGUUGCCAACUGUCUGCAGAGUCAAUAGCUAAAGACCUCCAAACUUCAUGUGGCCUUCAGAUUAGCACUACAAAAAUGCGUAGAGAGCUUCAUGAAAUGGGUCUCCAU